UCCGAGCAAGGACAGGAGCAUCCCAGUUCCAGGGGUCCAACCCCACAACCCCUUGCCUUGAAGCUUCCGGUCUGUGCCCAAUCCGAAAGGGACCCAGAAGUCGCCGCCGCCACUGCCUGCUGCUGCUGCUGUAGGGGUUCGAAGGGGCGGGAUCAGAACCUCAGGGCGUUCGAAGGGGCGGGGUCAGACCCGGGUUGGCUGCUGGGUCGGUUAGAGUCGGUGUCAAAAAAAAGUCCUUGCUCGGUCCGGGUUUCUUGCGGUCAUGGAGCUGAUCGCGAGCAACCUUCAGGUGCUGCUGCAGGCGGCCGAGUACGUGGAGCGCCGAGAGAGAGAAGCUGAACAUGGCUAUGCUUCUCUUUCGCCUUACCGCGGGCAAAGCAUCUCCCAGUCGCAGCGGAGGCGAAGGCCACGACAUCCUCCUCGGAAGGCCUUAAAAGACCUCAGAUCUGUACAUAAUGAGCUGGAGAAGCACAGGAGAGCCCAGCUACGGCAGUGCCUAGAACAGCUGAAGCAGCAAAUCCCCAUAAGCACAGACCAGGCACAUUACACAACCUUGAAUCUUCUGCACCAAGCCAGGCUCCACAUGAAGAAACUGGAAGAACAGGAAAAGAGAGCUCGGAGACUGAAGGAGAGGCUACGCUGUGAACAGCAGAACCUGCGUCAGCGGCUGGAAGAGUUAUUAGCUCAUUUCAAUACGGAGCGCCCGCGACCAGAUAGCCUGGACUGUUCACAAUUCUCCUCUGAGCGCUCAGACUCAGAGGAUGCUGAGGUGGAUAUAGAAGGCCUUCCAUUCAGCAGCAAUAAAGAGGAUGGCACGGCUGACUUUAGCACAGAGCAGGAGCACAGCUAUUCCAACGUCAGCAACUUCUGGAUAUGAUGGACUGAUGGUCUAAUUAAAAGAACAGGUCUCAUCCGGAUUUCCAGCUUCAUGCCAAUAUAAGCUGAACCUGACCUAUGCAAGAAAGGAGAGGAGGAUUCUCUGGCCCAGUGUCAGAUAUAACGCUAGACACCAUGCCUUCAAUCUUGGGAUCAGAAAGACUUGCUACCAGAAACAGCGAUGUACAUGUUACUGAAUGUGUAUCACUAGUGGUAAGCAGGAGGGCGAAUGAGGUCUUAAAGCACUUGGGUGGCAUGCAUUGACUUAAGACUACGCAGGGAGCUGCUGUUUCAUUCCUCUCAGUGCACGUGGAGGAAAGCUUGCUACAUAUCUAAUCUUUGCAAGGUGGAGCAGGUGGACUUAUGCUCAACAGGCAUGGACCUGUAAGGCCUAGAAGGACAGGCCACAGUAGAUCACAACACCCAAUUCUGGUAGUAUAAGACAUACACACUUAAAGUCUACAACAUUGAAGAGUUUAAAAUUAUCAUCUAGCAAAACAAGUAGUUCUUCCUCUCUUCCGCAUGAAAACCAGUUCAGCUGCAGUGAACCUGAGUUUAAAGUGUCUGCUAGGCUUCAGGAGGGUCAGAAUUGUGUGUGUGUGUAUACUAUGACAAAAUUCACCUUAUUCAGACAACCCAGAUGCCCUGAACUAAAUGCGGGUACCCUUUUAUGACUGAUCUGCCAUGUACUCAUCAGUAUUUUAGUAAAUACUUUUAAUGGCUUGUAUUGUACUGUAUGUAUCAUACUUGUUUUCU